AUGAAGUUCGGAACCAUCCUAGCCCUCCUCUUCGCCACUCCCAUCCUCGCCGGCGUGGCCCCCGCCACCGCCGCCGACGAGUGCGGAGCCCUCGGGGUCAUGACAUACACCGCCGCGGGCGACACCAAGGGCGUGGACCCCGCCCAGAUUCGAAAGUGCCUCGAGCAUCCCCUCGGCGCGAAUCCCCGACCCGAGGGGACUAUACCUCGCCCCGAGGCCUCCUCCGCCGACGGCGGCGGCGGCAGGAACAUGAACGCCACGGACACCGCGGAGCACUGGUGGUGGCACAAGCACGGCUACGGCUGGAAGAGCUGCUGGGACGUCGACCCCGGUGAGUACGGCUGCUCGAGGGGCUACUGCUACAAGGCCUGCGACGGGGACGGCCGGUGGUGCUGGACCGCUCGGAACCAGGGCUACGGGUCGUGGAAGACCUGUGAUGCAAAGGCCGAUUGCAGGGAGGUGGCUGAUGUGGCAUGCGGCAAGAAGUGCAGAGCUUGUGGUUGCAGCUGCUGA